AUGAAUCCGGCAGAGCUUGAAUUUCUUUCAGAAGAGGAAGGAUUGACCAUAGUACCUAAGUUUAAACUUGAUGCUAUUAAGCUGCUCAACACUACUAUUGGUCCUUUUUUCCCAAAUGUGCCAACUGUUGUCCCUCUUUGGGUUGCUCUUUUUCUGAGAGGGCAGCAAAAGUGUCGUAUUAUGCCACCAGCGUGGUUAACGUUGGAGAAGUUAAAUGAGUGUAAAGAAGCUGAAGAGAAUGACUCCGGUUGUACUUCUCCUCCUCAUUCUCAACAUAUUGAAAUUAGUACACUUCUUCUUCAACAUGCAGCCGAAGAUAUACCGAAUCCUGAAAGUAUUCGCAACAUUGUUCGUGAUGUAUGGGAUAUUCGUGUUGGGAAAUUGUUAUCGUCUGUUAAUGGUUUCCUCUCUAGUGGGUCGUCGACAGCACGAGUUAGUCAAUUGACUAAUAUGGAAUUAACCACUUUACAUAAUCUUCUGGCUAAUUCAAUGGACCAGUUAUCUUUACUACGUCAGGCAACUUCACAAGCUGUAGAAUUCGGUGGUAGCGCAGUUAAUCGAACAUCAUUUUUGAAUUCAUCAUCUGUCGGAAACUAAGAUAAUAUGGAUUUAUCUACAUGUGUUUCUAUCAUUUAUUCAUCCUACUAAUAAGAUAAAUAUUAUAUUUAUAACAUUUCUUUGUAUCUAUCUAUGACGUGAUGGUUGUGUAUGAAAUUAGUGUUCGUCUAGAAUUAUCUUUUAACGGUUUUUCUUUGAUUACAUGUAAAAGUGCAUAAUUGAAACCAUUCUGCAGUGCA